AUGUCGGUCAGCUCGGGUCAAUCACUCCAGCUGGCCGACUACCUGGAGAAGCUGCCAGGCACGACCUUCAGGAAGCUGUACCUCCAGCCGUCGACUGCCUUUGCCAUCUUCAGGAGGAUGAUCCCCCCGCUGGGCAUCCAAACCUCCCCAGCAAAAACCAUCGUCAUGGCCAUCCUGUACAUGCCCAAGCCAAUGCUCCUCGAGGACCUCGAUCUCUGGGUGAAGCCCGACUCGCGACGGUACAACGCCCUCUCCCUCACGCGUUACCCUUUCUCCCACCGCGCAGCAGCAACAAUCUUUCUAACACAGCUUCUUCCCUCCCACAGGCAAAAAGACCAAGCCAUCUCGACCCUGCGCUCCCUCCACAUCCUCCAAAUCACCGUCCCGUCGAAAGAACGCCCGCAGGAGAUGCAGCUCACCACAAACUUCAAAUCCUCCCUCCGCCUCGCCCUCGAGGGCGGCGGCCACCACAACUCCUUCGGCGUCCCCUCCACCCUCCCCGUCCCGCCCGAGAUCACCAUCCCCUUCCUCGACCGCUACGCCCGCCGCAAGUGGGACGACAUCCUCCACUACAUCGUCGCCACCGUCAACCCCGGCAGCGCCGACCUGAGCGGGCCUAAGUCGUCCGUUAAGAACCUGCUCGUCGCAGGCCAGCUCGUCCGCCGCCAGCAGGGCGCCGUCGGCAUCACCCAGGCCGGCUUCACCUUCCUCCUCCAGGAGGCAAACGCCCAGGUCUGGACCCUCCUUCUCCUCUGGCUCGACGCCACCGACCACGCCCAGGACUCCGCCGGCAUGGAGUCCACCGACAUGCUCUCCUUCCUCUUCCUCCUCGCCUCCCUCGAGCUCGGUCGCGCCUACGACACGAACGCCCUCACCGAGGAGCGCCGCAACAUGCUCCCCUCCCUCAUGGACUUCGGCCUCAUCUACAUCCCCUCCCACAAGCCCCAGCAGUACUUCCCCACCCGCCUCGCCACCACCCUCACAAGCAGCUCCAGCGCCCUCCGCAGCGCAGGCGCAGGCUUCUCCGCCGCCCUGGCAGCAGCAUCCGGCCCCGGUCCCGGCGGCAGCGGGCCCCGCAACGGCGCCACCCCAGGCAGCGGCGGCUCCGAAGAAACCCGCAGCGGCAGCAUCAUCGUCGAGACAAACUACCGCGUUUACGCCUACGGCCAGACCCCUCUCCAGAUCGCCGUGCUCUCCCUCUUCUGCAAGCUCAAGCUGCGCUUCGCGGACAUGGUCUCGGGCCGCCUGACGCGCAACUCGAUCCGCAACGCCGUCGAGCGCGGCAUCACCGCCGACCAGAUCAUCUCCUACCUCGCGUCCCACGCGCACGAGCAGAUGCACCGCUUCGCCGCCGUCCGGAACAAGCCCGUGCUCCCGCCGACGGUCAUCGACCAGAUCCGCCUGUGGCAGCUUGAGACGGAGCGCAUGACGACCACGAGCGGGUUCCUGUUCCGCGACUUUGACAGCCCCAGGGAGUACGAGGACAUUGCGGGCUACGCGGCGGAGAUUGGCGUGUUGACGUGGCGGAACGACAAGUUGGGCAUGUUCUUUGCGAGCAAGCAUGAGCAGAUCAGGGAUUACCUGAAGCUGCGGAAGAAGGCGGAGGAUUAA